GAUUAAUAUUAUGCAGAUUAAGAAAUCAAAUAAGGUUGUAGUAAAUAGAAUUGAGAAAGUAAAUUCAGAAUUAUUGACAUUGACUUAUGGUGCCAUAGUUUCAUAGAUAAUUAAAGAUAGUGAUACUGUUAUAGAAGCUAAUGAGCAAUUGGAAAAGAUGGGUUUUAAUAUAGGAUAAAGAAUAAUUGAUGAAUAUCUUUCAAAAGCAGAAAUAAAGUAAUGUAGAGACAAGAAUGAUGUUGCAGAAAAUAUUGGCAAGGUUUUUAGUGAUUAUGAAAAUAGGGAGCCAUGUAAAUGUUUUUAGGAGUAACAGCAGAAGUGGAAGUAUUACCAGAGACUGAUAAAAUAUUCACUUUUAAUUUGCAUUUCACAGAGAAUCCUUUGAAUGAUUUUGUAGAAUUGCCAGAACAUUUAUAAGGGCUAAAUUAUUCAAAUAUGAUUGCUGGAGCAAUUAGAGGAGCUCUAUCAACAGUAAAAUGAUAAAAUUAAAAUUUAGAUUCAUUGGAUAGCUACUUGCAGAUUUUUGAAAGAUCAAUUAAAAAAUGAUGAUAAAACUAUAUUGUAGGUGGAAAUGAUUAGAGAAAAGUUCAAAGAUGAUGAAUGAUUAAUAU